AUGUUUAUGAAACAAGCAGCCCGUACAUUGGCGCUAUUGCUUACGGUAGCGCUAGUAGUACGUGCAGUUGAGUUUGAAGAAGAGGCCGAUGUAUUGGUGCUCACGGAAAGCAACUUUGCUGAAGCCGUAUCGACCCAUGGGGCGUUGCUGGUUGAGUUUUACGCCCCAUGGUGUGGACACUGUAAGCAACUAGCGCCCGAGUACGCAAAGGCGGCCAAGAGUCUCAAGGAACAUGAUCCAACAAUUCGUCUUGCAAAGGUGGAUGCCACAGCGGAGAACGCAUUGGGCGAACAGUUUGGCGUCCAAGGCUUUCCCACUCUUAAGUUUUUUAAGGGUAACGUUGAGUCUGUGACGGAUUACAGUGGUGGUCGCACAGCUGAUGAGAUUACAAAGUGGGUCAUCAAGAAAUCUGGUCCUGCAGUGAAGAUUGUAGAGACCAAGAAAGAGCUUGAAGAAAUCAAGGAAGCAAACGAGGUUGUCGUGUUUGCUGUGAUUGACGCUGAGGACGGUGAGGCACGUAGUCUAUUGGAGAAUCUUGCUGAUGCUCACAGCCUGGCCGUACACGUUGCCUCGACCAACACGGAUGUCGCGGAGGAUGCAACUGCUGUGAACAAGGUGGUCUUGUACAAGAAGUUUGACGAAGGCAAAGUUGUGUACGACGGAGAUUUUGAGAAGGAGAAUUUAGCCGCGUUUAUCAAGUCCCAUAGCCAGCCUCUCGUGAUCACAUUCCAGGCAGACAAGGCUUCUCAGAUCUUUGCCGGUUCUAUCACUGAACACGUUUUGGCCUUCGCAAACAUUAGUGAAGACUACAUGGCUGGCCUCGAGGCUGCUUUAAAGACACCCGCUCAACUUAACAAGGGCAAAAUGCUUCAUGUUAUUAUGCCGAGCACGGAGAGUCGAAUUGUAGAGUACUUUGGUAUCACAGAGGACGAUAUGCCCGCUAUUGUGCUUGUGAACAUGAGCGGAUCCUUAAAGAAGUACGGCUUUGAUUACAAGGCAGACGAGCUUAUUGCUAAAAUGGAAAACGGGUUCGUCGACGAUCUUGUUGUUUUCGAGAAGAAUUACCUUGAGGGCAAGCUUUUGCCCCAGCUUAAGUCUGCCGAACCUGAGGACGACAGUGCUGAGGCUGUGAAGGUCAUCGUAGGCAAGGAUUUCCAGCAGCGUGUAAUGGACAACGAGAAUGAUGUACUGCUCGAGUUUUACGCUCCAUGGUGCGGUCACUGUAAGUCACUUGCCCCUCAGUACGAGGAGUUGGCUGAGACGUUUGCGGAUGUGGAAAGCAUCAUGAUUGCUAAGAUUGAUGCCACCGCCAACGAGAUUGAUCAUCCGGGUGUGGACGUACGUGGCUUCCCGACGGUUAUCUUUUUCCCUGGCAAGGACAAGCAAAGCCCGAUUGUGUAUGAAGGCUCGCGCGAUGCAGAAGGCCUUGCAGAGUUUCUGAAGAAAAACGCUCAAAAGUUUGAACUAGAAGGCGUGGAAUAUGGUGUGGAGCAAAAGAAGGAUGAACCGAAGGCGGAUGCCAAUGAAGAAUAUGAGGACGCUGAGCAUGAGGAGCUGUAG